CGAAAGGAUUUGUAAUCAGGGAAAACACAGGACGUGAACAGAAAAGUCCCAGCUCUGUUCGGUAAUCAUUUGCAUUUCCCCGGAGGGAAAAAGGCGGUCUGGAAUUAGUGACGAAUCGAAUUUUGUGCCCUCACGUAAGGACUGUCGAAUCGGACGAUGACUGGCCGGGGCAGAAAUCAGGGUACGAAGCUUGAAACGACCAUCGAGCAGUGCCGAAGCGAGGGACGAUGGAAACGGGUGAUCGAGCUGGCCGAAGAACUGAAAACGGGUUAUCCGCAAGAAUGUCUUGCGAACUUUCUUACGGGUGAGGGAAAGCUGGAGAGCUAUCUCGAGGAACAUCCGCCCAUCGAAGACAACUAUUCCAAGGCCAAGCUGGGCUUAUCGGAAGCGAAGCGCUAUCUCAACUCCGUCACCGGUGAGCAUGGCAAAAAGGCAGGCUUCGCUCUCGACGCUCAUCUACUACUGGCAAAGCUAUACUUUGCCUGUGGGCAGUACGAAGAAGCGUUACAAAACUUUGUCCUGGCCGAGCUGAACACCCUCUCCGAGAAGCAUCUUUCAGCGAGAAGCAUCCGGAUACUGGCGGAGUCGUACGCGAUUAAGGGAAUGUGCUUGGAGAAAAAGGGCGCUAAAGCGUCCUCGAAGUACAAGCAAGCCGAGCAGGAAACGGAUAUGAUAACCUGCUUCGAACGUGCUGCCGACUUGGGCAUCUUGUACCUCCAGGGACAGGAUAAUAGCAACACUGCCAAUCAGAACGAGGUACGUCGUAUGGGUGCCAUCCUCGAAACGGGACUGCAGCGUGCACCGAUCGUGCUGAUCAAAGCAGGCAAACUGCAAAAUGCCAUUGAACGCUACCGGGUGAUGCUAAGUGCGGUCGAAACGAAGGCCACCCAAACACUCCGUCUCACGCUCGCUCGCCAGCUGGCCGAGGUACUGUUGCGUGGUGUUUCCGGAACCAUCUACACACCGACCGUAAAUGCGACACCGACCCGGAAUACUCCGGCCACCGGGAAGCGAUUAUGGGAACCACGCAAGUAUUCCGGUCGGCAGCAGUUUGUGCCAAAGAAUCAGCACGAAGAAACCAUUCUGCUGCUGCUGAUUGCCGAAGCGCUGGCCGUUCGAGAUGCCGUCCUAUCGCAAAGUCCCGAGUUCCGCGAUGCUCGCGUACAUUCCCUCGGUAAUGCCACUGCCAUCUACGAUCUGCUGACGCUAGCAACGGUGCGUUGGAAUCAGGUUGCUUUGUUGCAUGAUUCCCUGGAGAAGGCACUGAAAUUUGCGUUCGGUGAAAGUCAUGUGUGGAAGCAGUACGCCACCUGUCUGAUGGCACUGGGACGUUACAAGCAUGCCGUCUGUGCGCUGAAGGAACACUCGAAACUAGAACCCACCGAUAGCGUGUCCUGCCUCAUGGCGGCACGCAUCUGCUACGAGCAUCUCGAUCAGGUAAAGGACGGACUAGCGUUCGCGGAAGAAGCAUUGCGUAAGGAAAUGAAGGCAGGUGGGCCUGGAGGAUUUUUCAACGGACGUCGAUCACGGGCCCAGCUGUACGUGGGCAUCGGUCUGCAGCAGGUGGCCGUAUCGUCGAAUUUGGUUGCCGAAAAGGAUCGUUACCAUCGGCUCGCGUUCGAGGCACUCGAGCGAGCCGCUCAGCAAGAUCCCAACGAUCAUCUAGUCGAGUACUAUCUGGCCUGCCAGUGUGCACUGAACCACAACAUCACCGAAGCGCUCGCUCACAUCACGACCGCUCUUUCGCUAAGGGCAGAGCAUGCAUCGAGCUUGCUGCUGUUUGCCCUUCUACUAACGGCUAAUCGGCGCCCACGGGAAGCUCUGGCCGUUGUGCAGGACGCAGUGGAAGAGUUCCCCGACAAUCUGAAUCUGCUGCACGUUAAGGCACAUCUCGAGCUGUAUCUGCGCGAUGUCGAAACGGCGCUGGAAACGGUGCAGCAAAUGUUUAACAUCUGGCGCGAAGUAUACGAGGCACAGUUGGCCAACGCAGCCAACGAGCACGAUAUGGAGAAGCAGUCCGAUACGCGAAGCGUCAUUCAGAUGCAGUCAUCCCAGAUGUCCGACAAGGAUUCCAAUUCCAUUCACGCGGCAUCAUUGGCGGCAUCGCGUAUCGAGCAUGCACUCAGCGAAGCUGCUAGCUCGCUCAGCUCCUUCAGCCCUCGACCAGGACCGCAGAAAGCGUGGAUGAUCCAGUUCAAGGUUUGGUUGCUGCUUGCAGACGUCUACCUGGCGAUCGAACAACCGAACGAGGCGAUCAACUGCAUCCAGGAGGCGAGCCUGAUCAAUCCCGUCUCCCAUCAGGUCAUGUACAUGCGCGGACAAAUUCACGUCUUUCAGUCGCAAUGGCCUGAAGCCAAACAGUGUUUCUUGAACGCCGUAUCCGCCAAUCCGUAUCACACGGAUACAUUGCGUGCGCUCGGUGAGGCCCACCUCACGCUCGGUGAACCACGGCUUGCGGAGAAGACACUGAAAGAUGCAGCCAAGAUCGAUCCAAAUUGUCCCAAGAUUUGGUUCCUACUAGGCCGUGUUAUGGAGAGCCUCGGUGACUACACUGCUUCAGCCGACUGCAUGGCAACGGCCCUCCAGCUUGAGCCCUUCUGCCCGGUUCUACCCUUCAACACGAUCGCUCUCGUGUUUGAGUAAGCAGAAGAUCAUUAUUUCGCUGCCCUGUCGGCCAGCGGUGCAUGAUGUCCCUAUCUAUUAAUCCCCAGUCGUGCCCCGUCGUCGUUUGUUGACUACUUUUAAGGAUAUUCAAAAUUAACAAUCAAUCCUCCUCAACCCCCUCACUCCCUUCUCUAUCAAACUUUUUAAGAAUUCUAGCUCUCGGCGGGUGCAUAAUCAUAUCAAUUUUAGUCUUUUGACGAUCGAGUCAGAUCAGGCAAGGUCUCGACGCUUUGCUAUAAGUAGAAGAGGCAUCGCGUCGGUGAUCGCGAUCUCGCUGACAACGAUCGUGCUCAGGCUGUUUUCGAAGCAUUUCCGUUACCAUCCCACACUCGUAUUACGGAUUACGGGGAAUUUUACUAAUAGUAAGUGUUCCCUCGAAGGUUUUUGGUAGAUUCGUUAUAUUUGUUGUUGGUAUUAGAUACUUGGUCCCAGACUUGGUUCAGUUGGUUUUCACGUUUUGUUCAUUCCCUGUGAUCGUAUAACGUUACCGGUAAGAGAGGAAGCUCCGCGAGCUAUUAACCGGCUCGUACGGGCAAUCCUUUAAGUGUAUUGGACGAUGUGUCCCCCUUCCCUUUAAUGGCAAUUUCAAGAGUUCCAAACGUGCGGGAUCAAAGCGGUAUUCUGUUCAGAGGUAUGAAGGUUAACUAAUGUUGGAAAAGGAAGAAAUAAUAAAGUUUCAGUCGUAUCAGACUCA